UCACGGGCGGCGCCAUCCACGAGCUGGGAGUCUGCGACUCCAGCUGCUGGUGGGACCGUGUCUGUCUGUCGACUUAGCCUAUUGGGCGACCUUGGGCACAGGAAACUCUCCACCGCCAGCUCUGACGGGACAGGCUCUGGUGAUCGAGGGCUGCUGGAGAAAGUAGAGAGGAGUGAGCGACGCCUGAAGGAGACGUCAGCAGAGCGCACCGGAAGCAGUCCGAGAAUGAAGAGUGUGAUCUACCAUGCCUUUUCUCAGAAAGAGGCGAAAGAGUUGGAUGUUCAGCACCCAGGAACCCAGCGGGCCGAGGCCUUCGUGAGGGCCUUCCUGAAGCGGAGCAUGCCCCGCAUGAGCCAGCAAGCCCAGGAGGACCACCUGCAACGCAAGGCUGUUGUUCUGGAGUACUUCACUCAUCGGAAGCGGAAGGAAAAGAAAAAGAAAUCCAAAGGCCUCUCUGCUAAGCAGCGGAGGGAGCUGCGGCUCUUUGACAUUAAACCAGAGCAGCAGAGGUACAGUCUUUUUCUCCCUCUGCAUGAACUCUGGAAACAGUACAUCCGGGAUCUGUGCAAUGGUCUCAAACCAGACACGCAGCCACAGAUGAUUCAGGCCAAGCUCUUAAAGGCAGAUCUUCACGGCGCUAUUGUCUCAGUCACAAAAUCCAAAUGCCCCUCUUACGUGGGCGUUACAGGAAUCCUUCUACAGGAAACAAAGCACGUUUUCAAAAUUAUCACUAAAGAAGACCGCCUGAAAGUUAUCCCCAAGCUAAACUGUGUGUUCACUGUGGAGGUCGAUGGCUUUGUGUCCUACAUUUAUGGGAGCAAAUUCCAGCUGCGGUCAAGCGAGCGAUCUGCAAAGAAGUUCAAAGCAAAGGGAACAAUUGACCUGUGAGCUCCUGCUGCCUAAAGAGAUUGUUUAUGACAGCUGAGAAUUGGAAGCACCCUGAACGAAUGCCCAUUGUUCAGGAAAGAGAUGAUCAGGCCAGUUCUGGUUACAGACCACCUCCAGCCAGUUUAAAUCAGAAUUAAGGACAGUUUACCAUCUGGGAAGAAGUACACUGUACUGGGCACAGUGGUCGGGGGGCCAGGGGUCUGUCUUUAUAGGUGCCCUUGUUUUUGUGUCUCUCCCAUGGAGAGAAAAGUUUGGCGGAAAACUUCAGGAUUAACACAUUGACUUGAAUACUGGGAUUAACUGAUUUUUUAUUAAAUAGUGGGAUUAUUUGGUUUUUUUUUCUUUCUUUUUCCGUGUUUUUGGAAUGUUCUAUGUUGAAUCCAUUGUUUAUGUAAUAGUAAAAUAUGCAUGUGGGCAUGAA